AUGGCACCGGAAAUAAUUCACGGAAAAGAUCAUAAAACAUUGGCUGACUUUUGGUCUCUAGGUGUCGUGCUUUUCGAAAUGGUACAUGGUCAAUCACCAUUUCAACAUUCCGAUGAAAAUAUGAUAUAUGAAAAUAUUUUAAGCUGUAAUUAUACAAGGCCCAAAUCAUUUUCGUUAGAACUAAACGAUUUUAUUCAACAUUUAUUGUGUGUUCAAGUUGAUUUACGUUAUGGCUGUAGGAGAGAUGGUUAUACUUGA